AUGAUUUCUAUGAUUGCCAUGUACAUAGUAAUUUAUAUUGCAUAUAAUAAGCUAGUUGUAUACUAUGCUCCUUCAAUUUUUGAGAAAAAAGUUGAAUCAACACAUUUUGUGCCUGUAAGUAACGCAUUAGUUCUCCGAAUAUGUGCAGAGAAAGAAGCAAACAUAGACUUGUUCGAAAAUUACAUGCUGUUUCGUAUGAAAGAAGAUCCAAAUGAAGUUAUCGAAGUUUUGAGAUUUUUAGGUAUAUUUAAAUCUUUCAGAUCGCAACUAUUAAUGAUGCUCUCAAUGAAAAAAUGCGAUGAUUCUUAUUAUAACUAUCAAUUUUAUGCUUUUGCUAGGGUAUUUAAAUCUUAUUUGGAGCCAACUCCUCAAAACUACAUUGUUAACCUAGACCAAAUGCACAGAUCGUACCUAGUUAAUCUAAGUUUGUAUUGGAACAACAGAUAUAACGGAAAUCGUUUUCAAACUCUAAUUCAUGGCAUAAACACAGCUGUUCUUCAUGUAGAAUUGAUAUCAUUUAUCAAAUACUUAUGCGUCAUUUAUCAGUACGAUCCAUAUAUCAUUCAAUCGUAUUCUGAAAUUGCAUUAGUUGCAAUGGGUCAACCGAAAUUAUCAGCUUAUUACAAGCAUCAUUUUAAUAAGCUAAUUGAGCACAGUAAGCCAAUAAUCGACCCGAUUUUUAAGAAAAUGUCACAUUAUUAUCCAAUUUCCUUAGAAAGAUAUAUGGAAGAAACAAAAAGAUCUAAUGGAGACUCAUAUAAUGCUGAUAUUUCUUACAGUUUUGAAUCAACUGCUCUGAGAUUUCACGUUGAUGACAAUACAAUUUACAGAGAUUCAAAAAGUGAUAGCAGUGUUACAGCAAUGUUUGUCACAAAGAAUACGAAACUGAGUUCUUUUGGUUUAUUAAUUAAUAUUCUUUUGACAUUCGUAUGGAGCGGAUUUUUCAUUAAAUUUGACACAGGAGAUAUGAAAAACUUCAAAAAUGAGGUGAUUGGAGUUUACAAUUCUUUAUAUUAUUUUAAUAAUUUAUCAGAAAAUCUGACAACAGGUAUAAUCCUUCCACAACUACUAGUCAACCUCAACUAUGAACAUAAAUUCGAUAAUCAACAAUUAUAUUAUGAUAAAAAUAAUAUAAAAAUUCCAAACAAAGAAUCAGAUCAGAAUAUUGAUCAUAAAUCAGAUCAGAAUGAAAUCAAAAAUAAUAUUAUGAAUAAUUUUAAUUUAGAAAAUAUCAAGAAUGUCAAUCAAAAAGAAAAUACAGAAACCAAUUUUAUUCAUCAAAUUUCCAGAAUUUAUCAAAAUAAUUAUAUUGAUUCAUCAAAUUGUUCAAAACAUUAUUACAUGAUCUAUGGAGAGACCUCAAACUAUUUGACGUCAAUCAGAAACGAUUAUAAUUAUUAUGUCAAAAUAUUAUCAGAAUUGUCGAUAUACUUAACAGGCUUGGUUCAAACAUCAGGUAGCAUUUGUGAACCAUUAACUUUGUUAACAAAUAAUUUUUCUUAUUUGACUUUCGAAAUAUUAAAUGAAUUUUCGAAAGCAAACUCAUAUUUGAAUGGCAACAUGACUGAAGCACUCGAUUACUUGAAAGAUGUGUCAACAGUCAACUUUUUCAUAUUUUUAUUAGUUCCUUCCGUAUUUUUAGGAAGUUUAGUUAUUUUCUUAGUUGUAUUCUUCCAUUUGAGAUUUGGAUUACGCGAAAUUCGGAAUUCCGAAAUCUUCAGAAGAAUUUUUAGGAUCAAGAGAAAGAUUAGGUUUAUUGCUGUUCAAAAAGUCAUUAGAGUCAUGGGACUUGUUUAA